AUGACCCGGUCGGUCUCUCCUCUGGUCUCUCUGUUUGGGGCAGUGAUGACCCGGUCGGUCUCUCCUCUGGUCUCUCUGUUUGGGGCAGUGAUGACCCGGUCGGUCACUCCUCUGGUCUCUCUGUUUGGGGCAGUGAUGACCCGGUCGGUCUCACCUCUGGUCUCUCUGUUUUGGGCAGUGAUGACCCCGGUCGGUCUCACCUCUGGUCUCUCUGUUUGGGGCAGUGAUGACCCGGUCGGUCUCACCUCUGGUCUCUCUGUUUGGGGCAGUGAUGACCCGGUCGGUCUCACCUCUGGUCUCUCUGUUUUGGGCACUGAUGACCCGGUCGGUCUCACCUCUGGUCUCUCUGUUUGGGGCAGUGAUGACCCGGUCGGUCUCUCCUCUGGUCUCUCUGUUUGGGGCAGUGAUGACCCGGUCGGUCUCACCUCUGGUCUCUCUGUUUGGGGCACUGAUGACCCGGUCGGUCUCUCCUCUGGUCUCUCUGUUUGGGGCAGUGAUGACCCGGUCGGUCUCUCCUCUGGUCUCUCUGUUUGGGGCAGUGAUGACCCGGUCGGUCUCUCCUCUGGUCUCUCUGUUUGGGGCAGUGAUGACCCGGUCGGUCUCACCUCUGGUCUCUCUGUUUGGGGCAGUGAUGACCCGGUCGGUCUCACCUCUGGUCUCUCUGUUUGGGGCAGUGAUGACCCGGUCGGUCUCUCCUCUGGUCUCUCUGUUUUGGGCACUGAUGACCCGGUCGGUCUCACCUCUGGUCUCUCUGUUUGGGGCAGUGAUGACCCGGUCGGUCUCACCUCUGGUCUCUCUGUUUGGGGCAGUGAUGACCCGGUCGGUCUCUCCUCUGGUCUCUCUGUUUUGGGCACUGAUGACCCGGUCGGUCUCACCUCUGGUCUCUCUGUUUGGGGCAGUGAUGACCCGGUCGGUCUCUCCUCUGGUCUCUCUGUUUUGGGCACUGAUGACCCGGUCGGUCUCACCUCUGGUCUCUCUGUUUGGGGCAGUGAUGACCCGGUCGGUCUCUCCUCUGGUCUCUCUGUUUUGGGCACUGAUGACCCGGUCGGUCUCACCUCUGGUCUCUCUGUUUGGGGCAGUGAUGACCCGGUCGGUCUCACCUCUGGUCUCUCUGUUUGGGGCAGUGAUGACCCGGUCGGUCUCACCUCUGGUCUCUCUGUUUGGGGCAGUGAUGACCCGGUCGGUCUCUCCUCUGGUCUCUCUGUUUGGGGCAGUGAUGACCCGGUCGGUCUCACCUCUGGUCUCUCUGUUUGGGACACUGAUGACCCGGUCGGUCUCACCUCUGGUCUCUCUGUUUGGGGCAGUGAUGACCCGGUCGGUCUCACCUCUGGUCUCUCUGUUUGGGGCACUGAUGACCCGGUCGGUGUCACCUCUGGUCUCUCUGUUUGGGGCAGUGAUGACCCGGUCGGUCUCACCUCUGGUCUCUCUGUUUGGGGCAGUGAUGACCCGGUCGGUCACUCCUCUGGUCUCUCUGUUUGGGGCAGUGAUGACCCGGUCGGUCUCACCUCUGGUCUCUCUGUUUGGGGCAGUGAUGACCCGGUCGGUCUCUCCUCUGGUCUCUCUGUUUGGGGCAGUGAUGACCCGGUCGGUCUCACCUCUGGUCUCUCUGUUUGGGGCACUGAUGACCCGGUCGGUCUCACCUCUGGUCUCUCUGUUUGGGGCACUGAUGACCCGGUCGGUGUCACCUCUGGUCUCUCUGUUUGGGGCAGUGAUGACCCGGUCGGUCUCACCUCUGGUCUCUCUGUUUGGGGCAGUGAUGACCCGGUCGGUCACUCCUCUGGUCUCUCUGUUUGGGGCAGUGAUGACCCGUCGGUCUCACCUCUGGUCUCUCUGUUUUGGGCACUGAUGACCCGGUCGGUCUCACCUCUGGUCUCUCUGUUUGGGGCAGUGAUGACCCGUGAUGACCCGGUCGGUCUCACCUCUGGUCUCUCUGUUUUGGGCAGUGAUGACCCGGUCGGUCUCACCUCUGGUCUCUCUGUUUGGGGCAGUGAUGACCCGGUCGGUCUCACCUCUGGUCUCUCUGUUUGGGGCAGUGAUGACCCGGUCGGUCUCACCUCUGGUCUCUCUGUUUUGGGCACUGAUGACCCGGUCGGUCUCACCUCUGGUCUCUCUGUUUGGGGCAGUGAUGACCCGGUCGGUCUCUCCUCUGGUCUCUCUGUUUGGGGCAGUGAUGACCCGGUCGGUCUCACCUCUGGUCUCUCUGUUUGGGGCACUGAUGACCCGGUCGGUCUCUCCUCUGGUCUCUCUGUUUGGGGCAGUGAUGACCCGGUCGGUCUCACCUCUGGUCUCUCUGUUUGGGGCAGUGAUGACCCGGUCGGUCUCUCCUCUGGUCUCUCUGUUUGGGGCAGUGAUGACCCGGUCGGUCUCACCUCUGGUCUCUCUGUUUGGGGCAGUGAUGACCCGGUCGGUCUCUCCUCUGGUCUCUCUGUUUGGGGCAGUGAUGACCCGGUCGGUCUCUCCUCUGGUCUCUCUGUUUGGGGCAGUGAUGACCCGGUCGGUCUUUGGGACGUCCCGAGUGAGGGAUGA